CCAUUUCUCUUGUCUAAUUCAUGUAACAGUGACACCAACAACACCUUUACCAAUUUUCUCUCGCUAGGGCUCACAAUUUUAUCUCUGCGAUUUCCUUCCUUAAGGUAUCAUCAUCAUCAUCUAGAUUCGUAACCUCUCUCACAGUUGCAAAUGGAAGCGGCGGCGGCGGUCACGGCAACGCCAACUUUCCUCCCAUCAUCCGCCGGUCCAUGUAAGCCGUCGGCGUCGAUGUUCGUCGGAAGACCCAACUUGUUGCCCAUCCGUUCCAAUUUUCCCUUCACCAGUAAGCUACAGACAUUUGCAUCUAAUGCCAAACAAGGUCGAGGGAGACUCUCUGUUGGAGCUAGAAGGGGUUUUGUGGUUAGAGCUGGAUCAUCGUCUCCUGAGGCAUCUGGUUCAAGUUCCGUGAUUGCUCCACUGAAGCUGGAGUCUCCAAUUGGGCAGUUUCUCUCUCAGAUUUUGGUAAGUCACCCACAUCUCGUGCCUGCGGCAGUAGAUCAGCAGCUUGAGCAGUUCCAAACCGAUCAUAAUGAACUAAAGGAAAAGCCCUCUGCUUCAGGCACUGACUUAGUUUUGUACAGGAGAAUUGCUGAGAUUAAAGCUAAAGAGAGGAGAAAAGCACUAGAAGAGAUAUUGUAUACAUUGGUGGUGCAGAAGUUUAUGGAUGCUAAUGUUUCGUUAAUACCUUCCAUAACCCCAAAUCCUUCCGGUCAAGUUGAUUCAUGGCCAAGUGAAGUAGGAAAAAUUGAGGGGCUUCACUCACCUGAAGCCUAUGAGAUGAUUGAAAACCACUUGGGUCUCCUUCUGGGUAGCCGUCAAGGGGAUUCAACAGCUGUAGCUCAGAUCAGCAAAAUCAGGGCAGGACAGGUCUAUGCAGCAUCAGUAAUGUAUGGGUACUUCCUUAAACGAGUUGUACAAAGAUUCCAGCUGGAGAAGGCAAUAAAAAUUCUACCUAAUGCUGCAGAAGAGAAUAACAGUCACCGAACAAUUGUAGACGAUACAAGAGUCAGCAUUGAAGAGUUCCCUUCUCAAGCUAUGCCCCACCCGGAAGUCUCAGCUUGGCCUGGCAGCGGCAUCAGCUCAGGGGCAUUUGGUCAGGGGACAACAGUAUCCAGGUUGCAUACCUACAUGAUGUCCUUUGAUGGUGAAACAUUACAAAGAUAUGCAACGAUUAGAUCCAAAGAGUCUGUCAGCAUCAUUGAGAAGCACACAGAAGCAUUAUUUGGAAGACCAGACGCUGUAAUAACACCGGAGGGGAAAAUCAAUUCUUCGAAAGAUGAAAUCAUCAAAAUUAGCUUUGGUGGUUUGAAGAGACUUGUUUUAGAAGCUGUUACUUUUGGUUCUUUUCUCUGGGAUGUAGAGAGCUACGUUGACUCAAGGUACCAUUUCGUCCUAAACUGAGUUUUCCUCGCCCUCAUGCACCCCAAGGUAAAAUUCGUAUGGUGUUCGGUGUAGAGUACUGACUAAUUUAUUGGUACACCUUAUGCCCAAUUCCGAAAUAUUUUUCGCUGAUUGAUCUCUGUAUAUACUGACAGUGGAUCUGGUAUUCACUGAGAAUGAAGGGUUGUCUACAAGUUCGAUAUUUGCUUAUUUAAUUGUUUGACCUUUGUAUCACGUUGUAUCCUUACAAGUGAAUUAGCAUCUCUUGUUCUGUCCUUUUGUGUAAUUUGGGUAGGUGUUAAUGCUUUGACCUUGUUAUGUUAGAUUGGCCCUCCAAUUCAAAAUUAACUGUGCAAGGUGCAGUUUCUGCA